AUGUCUGCAUACAUAUACAAAAUAGUUCUGAUUAGACUCUGCAAAGAAUAUAUACAAGAGGUCCUAGGGAUCCACGAAGGGUGCGGGUUUUUGGGAGCAUGGCUCGAGCUCGGCACAGGACCAACACACUCACAAGCUGUGAAUGGCGGGAAACGACUUGGAUCAGCUUGGCUCGAGCUCGACGCAGGACUGACACACUCACAUCCUGCGAACGACAGAUUCAACUUGUAUCAGCAUGGCUCUUGCUCAAAUGAGGAUCGGCACACUCACAUACUGCAAACGUUGGGCGAUGACUUCAAUCAGCAUGGCUCGAGCGCGACACGGGACCAACACACUCACAUCCUGCGAACGAUGGGAAACGACUUGUAUCAGCAUGGCUCUUGCUUGAAUGAGGAUCGGCACACUCACGUUCUGCGAAUGUUGGGUGCAGGCUCGGAGCACAAGACACUUCGCCUGUGGGACUUGAAGACAGGUGUUGUGUUGAAGAGGAUGGAGGGGCAUCACAGUGAGGUGUUGGAAUUGGCGGUAUCACGAGUUGGGAAUUUGAUAGCAAGCGGUGAUAGCAGAGGAGAGAGGACAUUGUAA